AUGCCUGUAACGUGGGUGAAAAAUAGAGAGCCGAAGUACUUCUUUGCUGAAAACUACCAAAUUGCCUUCUGUAAAGCACCGAAGUCGGGCACUACUUUCAUCGGAUUGAUAGUUGCUGCCCUGAAGAACGCGAAAACACCGGACAAUAUAUUCCACGUCAACAGAGAAGAUGUUCACGGAAAAAAUGAAAUAAUGUUUUCCUCAAUGUUUAAAUAUCAUUCAGAUUCCAUGAAAACUGUUCUUGUAACAAGAAAUCCAUACACAAGAUUAUUUUCUGCCUUUGUUGACAAGUAUUAUACAUUGUCUUCAUGGGGGACCACUGUAGCGAAAAGAUACAGAAAAAGACCUUACAACACAACCAGAGGGUACUGCGGAUACAACGUCACACUGCAGGAAAUGUUAGAUUACGUAACUUCUGGAACACAAAUUGAAGAACACACAAUACCCGUUUCAAACCUAUGUAAACCGUGCACCGUACAUUAUGACUUGAUAUGUAAACAGGAGACUCUGAACGCUGAUAUGGAACACGUGUUGAAUGUGAUCAACACUAGUACAUCAGUACGGCAGGCCAUUGUGAAUCAAAUACAUGGUAAAGGACUGGAGGAUACUUUUUACAGCUGGAUUUCAUCUCAGUUGACGUACUUUUCUAAGUUCAAACAGUUUUGUUCUGAUCACUUAUUUUACGUUGAAACCCUGUGGCGAGCUUUACAGUUCCAAGGACACAUUGAUUCAUCCUUCGAAUUCCCGGCACAUGAAUUCAAGCUCAAGGAAACGCUUCAAGCACAGGACUUGGUGACAAACAUUAUGAGAUUGAUCAAACCUAGACAAAUUUCAAAAUCGCAGAGUUCGAUGCAGAAAAAACGUAUAUUAGCAGAAGCAUACGGCAAGAUCAAACCAGAAACAUUAGCCAGGAUACAAAGAGUGUAUGCCCAGGAUUUUCAUCUCUUUGGUUACGAUACCGGCGUCCCUGUAUAA